AUGAGUCAACUCCGUCUGCGCGUCGAGGGACAAUCGUUUCGAGAUCCCCUAAAUCGAGAAAUCAUCCUGCGAGGAAUAAAUGUGGCAGGUGAUGCUAAAUAUCCUAAAUCCCCGGACCUCAGAUCGCACAACCUCCAGGGAUUCUUCGACGCGGAUGUUUCGUUUGUGGGGAGGCCGUUCUCCCUGGAGGAUGCCGAUAUGCAUUUCCAACGUCUCCGAAGAUGGGGAUACAACACCAUUAGAUAUAUCUUCACUUGGGAGGCAAUAGAGCACGCUGGCCCUAAGAUAUACGAUGAAGAAUGGAUCAAUUUCACCAUUGAAAUUCUUCGUGUCGCCAAGAAAUACAAAUUCUACAUUUUCAUGGAUCCGCAUCAAGACGUAUGGUCUCGAUUAUCAGGAGGAUGUGGAGCACCUACAUGGACGCUCCACGCGGCGGGACUGAAUCCCAAGAGUUUCAAAAAUACACAGGCUGCCCUAGUUCACAACACAUGGGAUAACCCCGCAAAAUUCCCAAAGAUGCUUUGGUGUACGAAUUAUACCAGGUUAGCCUGCCAAACAAUGUUUACUCUAUUUUGGGCAGGUCGAGAUUUCGCACCGAAGGCGAUCAUUGAUGGUGUGAAUAUUCAGGAUUAUUUACAAAGCCACUUUAUUGCGGCAUGUGAAUACCUUGCACAGAAAAUACAAAGUGCUGGUGAUCUCGAAGGAGACGUGGUCAUUGGAUGGGAAAGCAUAAAUGAACCCAAUAGAGGACUGGUUGGGAUUCAAGAUAUUUCAUCAAUCCCCGCGGAGCAGCAUCUCCAGCUUGGGACAUCCCCAACGGCAUUUCAGGCUAUGCUAAUUGGCUCCGGGCGAUCCUGUAAGGUGAAAACCUGGUCUUUUGGAAGAUUUGGCCCAUACCAGACAGGUACGGAGGUUAUAGAUCCCAAGGGUGAAAUGGCAUGGCUGUCCGCCGAAUACGAUGACUCUCAAUAUGGCUGGCACCGCGAUCCGGGCUGGAGGCUCGGUGAAUGCCUCUGGGCGCAACAUGGAGUUUGGGACCCGUCCAAAAGCAAAGCCACCUUGCUCCAAAAGGACUACUUUUCAACCAACCCACUGACUGGCAAGGUCCUUGACUACCAAGCCUUUACAAACUCUUACUUUCUGAACCACUACCGAGCGUACAAGAACGCUAUCCGCAGCGUGUGUGGUAGUACUAUCAUAUUUUGCCAGCCACCUGUCAUGGAGAUCCCACCAAGCCUCAAGGGUACUGCUGAUGAUGAUCCAAACAUGGUUCACGCGGCACACUUUUAUGAUGGCCUGACUCUUUUAACAAAACACUGGAAUCGGGUCUAUAAUUUGGAUAUUAUCGGGGUGCUUCGCGGCAAGUAUCUUUCACCAGCCUGCGCAAUCAAAAUCGGUGAGAGAUCAAUUCGAGAGAGCCUGCGUCGUCAACUCAAGUUUCUGCGCGAUGAAAGUCUGGAACAUAUGGGUGAUCAUCCCCUCAUUUUUAGCGAGAUCGGCAUUCCGUAUGACAUGGAUGAUAAACAUGCAUAUAAGACUGGAGACUACAGUAGCCAGAUCAGAGCAAUGGAUGCCAAUCAUUUCGCGUUAGAAGGCAGCACAGCCAAUGGGUUUGCUUUGUGGAUUUAUGUGACAGAUAAUGAUCAUGAAUGGGGCGAUCAGUGGAAUGGGGAGGACCUUGCCAUAUAUUUACCAAAUGAUUUGGAAUUUCCUGCCUCAGCAUUUUCCGGUUCAACAACGCCAGAUUCUACACAGUCUUCUAAAGAUCACCAUCUCGAUGCGGAAGAGCCGAAAUUUAGCUGGCGUAAGGCUUUGACACUCCCUUGCGCCUCGAGUGGUUCAUCCCGGACCGCCCUGCAACCACGACGGUGCGAUAGGGCAGAGGAAGCAUAUCUCCGACCCACUCCCAUCUACGUGAAUGGACGAUUAGAAAGUUAUGCUUUUGAUUUGAAAAAGUGUACGUUCACCUUGAGGUUGAUUGCAAACCAGGCCGCGCCUCACACUCCGACCGAAAUAUACCUUCCCGAUUUUCAUUUUCCAAUGGGAGGUACCUCGGUUAUGGUGAGCGGAGGGAAAUGGGAAAUAUGCAUUCUGGAAUUUCAUACGGUCAAGCUUCAAUAUUUGCGAUGGUGGCAUGGCGAAGGGAUAGCGGAGAUCAAGAUUCGAAAAAUGAAACGCAUGUGA